UGACGUUGUGGUGUCACAAGGGCGCUUUAUCGCCAACUUUUGAAACCUUAUGAGACAAUUCCAGUCACAUAUUUUUGCCACAUUAUGGGUGAAUACAAUUAAUCUGGAGCCCUCUAUAUUGACGGUUUAUGACUUUCAGGCAGCUCUCUAUGUCAAGAAAGUUUGGAGACCCCUGGUGCCGUCUUAUUCUCGAUGUCAUUCUCCUGACCGCCUCUGGAGGGCAGCAAAGAUAAACGAGUGUAAACGUCUGGAAAAUAGCACAAACAAUCAGAAGAAGAAGAUUCUUACAGUGGGCGAUGAAUAUUCAUGUUGACGAAAGUUAUGACGGAGACGUCGAGGUGGGAAAAAGGGGAAGACCGCAAAGAAAGUGUUUUUUUUAAUUUAAGUCACAAGUUGUCAUGCGAGCGCUGAUUGGUAUGAGAGGCGGGAAGUUGCGUUUAUUCCAGUGUGGAGAGUGUGUUUCUCUGGGCUCUGCUCCUCUCAUCCCUGCUGUCUGCGCAUUAAACUUUAACAUAAAGUGAGAGUAAAGGCUGUAACUGUAGUGGUGCUGCUUUGUUAAAAUGGAUUUAUCGGAGACUUUUUACGAGUCCGCACGGGAGUCUUUAUUAGAUUUGUAGUUCAUACCAGUCGACAGCACAACAUUACCAGUGACUAUACAUCUGCCUAACGACUUUUUGUUCCUUCUUCGUAAACCGGCGGAGACACAAACACACCAUGGCAGACACAAGGACCUUCAACGUUGUGAUUUUGGGUGUGGGGUUUUUGCUCGUUUUCACCGCCUUCAACACCUGUGCAAACGUUGAACAAACUGUGGUGAAAAGCCUAAACAAUGAUACCUUCACUGGCAGUGGCUACCACAGUCUCGGAAUCAUCUACGGUGUCUUCUCUGUCUCAAAUUUACUUGCACCAAUGAUCGUCACAGUCAUUGGACCGAAGUUUUCUAUGUUUUUAAGUGGCCUGCUUUACAGUGGUUACAUCGCUGUGUUCAUCAUCCCUUCAACAUGGUCCUUUUACUUGACCUCUGUGCUCAUUGGCGUCGGAGCAGCAUUGCUGUGGACGGCUCAAGGACACUUUCUGGUGGAAAACUCAGAGGCGUUGACUAUCAACAGGAACACAGGGAUGUUUUGGGCUCUUCUACAAUGCAGCAUGUUAUUUGGAAAUCUUUACAUUUACUUUGACUGGAAUGGGAGAACAGAGAUAUCAGACAACACUAGGAAAAACAACUUCAUGUCCUUGUUGGUGGCCUCUGUACUCGGUACACUCAGCUUCCUGGUGCUGAAGAAGAGCCAUCAUGAAGAGGAGAUGCUCUCUGAAGACGAAGGGCAGGCGCUGCUCUCAACUCGCACAAUGUAUAAACAACGAGCAAACACUGCCGCGCAGGACGCAAAGUCGGAAUUCAAAACUAUCCUGCAACUUCUGAAGACUAAAACUAUACUGCUCCUGAGUCCCUGCAUGGCAUACAGUGGCCUGGAGCUAUCUUUCUACAGCGGAGUAUAUGGGACAUGCAUCGGAGCAACGGCGCACUUCGGACCGGCAGCCAAAGGCUUGAUUGGCAUCUCUGGGAUCGUGGUAGGCAUUGGAGAAAUAGUGGGUGGAGGCUUGUUUGGUUUGCUGUUCAAGAACAACCGCUUCAGACGGACGUCCGUGGUUUUCCUGGCAAUGGUUGUCCACUUUGUUGCCUUCUAUUUGAUCUUCCUCAGCAUCCCCGGCGACGCUCCUGUCGUCUUUAAAACCGUCACGCAAGAGAACCCGUAUCUCACUCCAAGCGUCUCCAUUGCCCUGCUGUGCAGCUUCUUGCUUGGACUCGGGGACAGCUGUUUCAACACACAGCUCUACAGCAUAUUAGGCUGUGUUUAUGCUGAACACAGCACAUCUGCUUUUGCCAUCUUCAAAUUCAUCCAGUCUGUUUUUGCAGCCGUGGCGUUUUUCUACAGCGGUUACGUCCUAUUGAUGUGGCAGCUCCUGCUGAUGGUCAUCCUGGGCUUCGCUGGGACGCUGUGCUUCUUCGUGGUGGAGAGGAUGCAGAACGUCUCGGGGGAUUUGCAGGAAUAUUAGAGAUGAGAUAUUCUGUGGUUUUCUAGCUUUUCUUAAUUUUUGAUAAAUGUAUGUUAAUGUGUAUGGCAUGGACUUUGCCAAAGGUGCAUAUUUUUUGGGUACAUUUUAAAUUGUGAACCAGGUUUCUCUAAAAUAUGACCACUCAGUGCCUUAGUGCUUCAAAUUAAAAAAUGUUCAACUGAAUUAAAUUGCCAUUAGAACAUACAAUCAUGUAUUCUAUGUCAUUUAUGAUUUUAAUCUCAGGUCAAGGCUUCAAAAUAUUAUGUUAGUUUUUAUUAAAAAACACAAAUACCUAUACAUUUUCCUCUAUAAAUGAGCCAUAACUGCGAGCAAAAUAAGAUAAAUAAAUGCAUAAUACAAAAAGCAAUAUGGAUAUUUAAUUAGAGACAAGACAUUUUAUGUUUUUCUAGCUUUUUUAGUUUUUGAUAAUUUUGUGUGUAUUCAUGUGUAUGGCAUGGAUUUUGCUAUAGGUGUGUAUUUUUUUUGGUAAAUUUUAAAUUGUGAACCAGUUGUUUUUUUUGUUUUUUUAAAUAAUGACCACUCAGUGCCUUAGUGCUCCCGAUAAAUCCAAUUGAAACUGAUUUAAACGGCCAUUGAGUACACAACCUGUACAUUUUGCUCUAUAUGACAUAUACAGCACAUGCAAAAUAAGGUAAAUACCAAAUAUGAAGGAGUAAUACGAGUCCAAGUAUAAUAAUCACAUAAUACAAAAAGCAAUAAGGAUAUUUUACUCCGACCAGUUUGUUUAUUUGACACAAAAUAAUGAAGCCAUAAUGUCGUUAUCAUAUAGUAUUUUCAAGACAAAUCAUUUUUGUUGUUUUCGUAAUAUGAAAAUCGGUUGUCUCAUGUAAACAAGCUUGUUUUUUUUAAAGAGAGUGAAGAUACUGAAGGAAGAUAAAUAUUAUGGUAUUUGUGAUGUGGUUAAAAAGAAAUUAGUUGACUGAUAAGUUCUUUUAUUCACCAUGGGAACCUGUUUUUUUUCUUCUUUUUUUUUACUUUAAUUGACAGAAGGUUUCACACGUUUGGAAAAUAACGACUUGAAAAGUUCAAAUUGAUGUCACGACUGGAACUAAGCUGCCUUAAGAGAAGCGUUGACGAGUAUUGCACAGUCCUUGCACAUUUCACUCUUUUUAAUUACACUAAACAAUAUGACUGCUGACUGUUUUCUUUCUCUUUUACGUGUUCGUUUACUUCCUGAAGGAUUUACAGUACUUUUUACUUGCAUCGCUUCCAGCUCAGGUUUGUUUGUCAGUGUCGCCGAUGAAGAUAUUUUCUGUUGUUUAUAUUGUAUCAGAAUGAUUGACAGGUUUGAAAAUAAAGCACAACAUUGUUCCUUGUCAUCGCGUGUCAGAAAUAAUGGUCACUAAUUAACGCCUGACAAUCACUCUUUCUUAAUGUUUUUUGUACAAUUUUGCAUAUUAAUGUCAGUGUUUUGCCUCAGUUUUGUGGAAUAAAGUUCUAUGCAUUUUGCA